AUGCGCAGUCGCUGGGUUGACUCGCUCAAGCGCAGCAUCUCGGCGUCCCCGCGGCACGACGAGCGGCCGUCGUCCGAGUCAUUAAAUGGCACGUCCACGUCUAUACCAGGUCCAAAAACAGGCGUUUCAAAUCCCGCGUACGUCCACGAUGUGGAGCGCUGCAACUGCGUCGGCGGCGUCUGCACCGUCUCCCGCGUACUAGAGGACUGCGUGCUGCAAGGUGGUGUGCACCACACCCAUCUGCACGUAUUAACGUACUUGGGACGACCGUUGCGCUCCAGUUGCUGCUGUUACCCCGUGUCCGUGCAGUGGUUUCGAGCCGUGGGGGAGCAGGACGAUUUCCAAGUGAUUCUAGGCGCCGAUAAUGAGUGGUACACACCCACAGCUGAUGAUAUUGGGGCGAGAGUGCUGGUGAAAGUCAUGAUUGAAGACAAGGACGGACUCAAGACCAAGAUGCUCGAGUACGGACCGAUCCGAGAGGAUCCGCAAGUCAGGAGCAAAGUCGAGAUGUACCUCGACCGCAAGUCGGUGCUGUUUAUGGGCCUUGCAAGUAUCUCAGUGAAAAGAGAGGACAACGGGGAGCUGCAGGAGGAGGAGCUACGGGAGAGCUGGACGCUGCUGAGUGACGAUCGUGGAGUACGGCUGACGUGUGAAUCGUCGCUGUUGUCACCGUUUGAGAGGCGAUAUUCUGCAGAUAUCAAGCUCGAGAUAGCUUACAGCACACCGAACGAGUUCUUUCUAUACCUCGAGAAAGACUGCUACGUUCGGCUCCGGGCCGAGUCCAAUACGGUGCGGGAUGUUAUUGUGCUCACCCUGCGUUUUUUCUGCAAGAUGGCCAUAUCAGAUGAGAUCGAGCACCCUGCCGUUGCUCACGGACUGCCACCGUUGACUGUGCGCAAGAUCACGCAGGAUGGAGAAACCGCGAAGCAGCUCCCAGUAGGUGUCGAUACAAACUUUGGCGGAUUACUGGGAUUGAAAUGCAUGCUGAGGUUGUACACGCCGUCUCUUGAAUGCGACCCGCAGACUCAGGAUGAUUCUACGCCAAUGACAUCGCCUGCUCUGGCACGCGACCUACCGUGGGAUCGAUCUGCGAGCGACUCGCUCAGUUUAGGUCAUCCCGGAUCCUCAGCUACAAGCGCAGCUUUCGAAGCAUUGGACGCAGCACAGGAUGGAAAUAGUAGGCGACUGAGUUUUAUUGAUGACGCAAGACCAAGUCCAGCAAGCAGCAUCGAUGAAGGUUUUGGGGACCAAGGAUGCCAGCAUCUUGACGGCUUGGAUGAUGAUUCGUUGCUGUCGGACGCUAAUGCACUGAUCAAUCACGCGCAAAAGAUGGGUAUCCAGUGCCAGACGUUGCUCCGUGCUUCAAAACGGAUUUCGAUGUCGGAUAUUCCUAACUUGGAAAUCGUGGAGGUGACGGGAAGCGUAAUUGAUGGGGGCGCAAGCUUCGAACAAGAGAAACAGGGAGUGCGACAGCGGGAGCGAGACCAGCGUCGUCGUCGAGGGAGCAGUGGCAGUACAGGCGGCUGUGGAUUAGCAGAUUGUGGCAAUGAUGAAAGCAGUAUCGAUGUCGAUGAAAGCGCUGCUACUGAGAUGCUUGACGCCAGUGCUAUCGAUGAUUUAGUCGAGGACUUCAUGGCAGACGACGCACUGAAGGCGAAUAUGGAUGUGGCAGUACUACGGGACCGGUAUGUCACGAUCUUUUGCUUACUGCAACGCGAGCUGCGGUCGUACAAGCUGCGCGUCGCAAUGCUGUUGAAGCAGCUCGAGGAAAAGCAGGAGCUGAAUGCUAGUUUCCGGAAGGACAUCGAGUCGUUGCACAGCGCCCUCACGUCGAUGCAGCUGGCUGACAAAGUGUACGAUCUCGUGUCUACGGAUCUGCAACAGCUUGUCACGAGCACAGCUGCCGAUACGGGAACAGUCAACCAUUUAUCGUACGCGGCUGGUACGUGA